AUGUCGCUUUCGCGCGGAAGUUGCACCGACCAAAGCUGGGGCACUUCAUGCCCGACAUAUUGCAGAAACACGCAAGCGCCUUUUUCGAUCGCAAACGGGUCAGUCAUUGCAGAUGUGGCGGCUCUCGAUGGUUUGGUGAAUCAAUCCUCCAGCGCAGGCUCCUCCACCAUUGCAAAUAACACCGGCAACGAUGAUACCGCUAAACAAUCGACCUCCAACGCUCCAUCCAACAACUCGAAAACAGAAACCGCGAUAGGCGCCGGUGUUGGUGUUCCCCUCGGCUUUAUUGCUCUUCUUUCUAUCGGUUGGGCUCUCUAUGAGAGGCGAUUGAGAAAUAAGAUGCAUCGGUCCCCUAUAUCGGCUGAUGGCUAUGGCUACGCAAUUGAGCGGAACGAUCACCCUGUAGAGCUUGCUGGGCUAACCGGCUCCGAGCUCAAGCCCGCAGAGCUCUAUAAUUCGACUACUCCGACUGCCUAUCGUUAA